UGUGCUCACUGUAUAAUGGCCAGCAACAAAACAUUCUUCGGCUCUCGUUUUACAGGGUCUGAAGUCAAAAUUGCCGGUGCCAACCCCUCCGCAUGGAACCUUAUAAAGAAAUUGAGCGAGCAGGUUAACCAACAAGAUGAAUAUGAGUAUGAGGAGUCCAAGUGUCCAUCUGCUGCAUGCGCUCUUUUCCAGUGCAGAGACAGCAGCAGCAGCAGCAAGACAGCAAUAUUGAAGAUUUAUAUGCAGAUUCCAUUUGCAGGCUCAGAAUCAGAACAAUCCGGAGUCAGAAACCAGCAAGCUUCCAAUGAACUCACUUACUACGCCGACAAUGAGCUUACGGCUCUGCGGACCUUGACGCGCAAUGGCUGCGAGUCAGCCCCAACCCUCCUCAACUACAAAUUAGAUCGGCAAGAUAAGACUGGGGUCGUACCUGGAGGGUUUAUUCUGUAUCUGUUGAUGAAUGAGCUGCCAGGUGCUCGCCUUAACAGCUCGUUUUGGAACUUACCGACAACUGAACGGGACGAAAUUCGCCAGGCGUUUAGGAUCGCAUACGAGGAUUGUGUUAAGGCUGGAGUUCGCAACUUAGCGGCGCUAAAGGAUAUUCUGUUCUGGAAUAAAGAGUCACGGAAGAUCUACAUUACAAGUUUCCAACUGAGCCGCCUUGAAAAAGCAAAAGGAGAUACCUGGACUGACAAUAUGUGGAUUCAAUGGGGCUUAGCAAGGGGUUGAGGUUCCAGCCGAAUAAGAGAUCUAUAGGCUUCCAAUAAUUCGUCCUGACAAACGUAGCAUCCUCUCCUGUUUCUCCCAGUAUUCCACUCUACAAUGGUCGGGCAUUUGUGCCUGCGAUGGUUGUCUUAUGGUGAGAAGCUCCGCUAAUUUAUUUGCUACCGAGGUAUAUAUACACCAGCAUGGAAAAGGGUGCUCAGAUCACACGCUCCACCAUUCGACUGUAUGUAUUCCAGUGACG